GACUAUACGAACGCUUGCUGUCAUUUUUUCGUUCUCAGUUUUAUUAUCGCUUCGCGCUUGUAUGAGUUUCAUUCGUAUUUUCAAAAAAAUAAAUAAAGUGACUGUAUUGAGGAGGGUGGAAUCCACAACAACAACAACAAUCUCACUAUUAAAUCGACAAUUUUCACCCGUAUCUGUAGUUCGGGAGAGCAUGUCAGAAUCAGACAAUCUGUAAAACAGCGAGAAACAGAAAUACAGGCAUCCAUGAGAUGCGAUUCUUCCUCUCAGAUUCAGUUCUGUUCUCGCUUUUGAUUUAACUAGACAUUUCGUUUUCGUUGCAAGUAACAAAAUAUUUAUAACGCGCGUGGCGGCGGUUUUCCGUUUUAUUCUUCCAUCUCUUCCUCUAUGUUUUUUUUUAUUCAUCUCACUCAAAUUGUAAUGUGCUGAAAUUUUGUGUGUUUAAAAACCAUUGAGAUCUAAUUUUAGAUGAAUUUUGAGAUUUUUCGUUUUCAAGUCUUUUGUAUCUCAAUGAAUUAUUGAAAAAAAAGAAGAGAUAUUCUUGAAAUUUUUUUUGGCGGAAUAAGCAAAAUGUGAUUAAGUGAAAAAAGUUAUAAAGGAAAAAAAAGAAUAAGUUCUUAUCAGUUAACGAUGACUGAGGAGUAGUUUUGUGGGUGCUAUAAGCUCUAUAGAAAACUUGAAACGACAAAUUAACCCAAACUAAAAAAAAAGUUGAAUUCAAUUGAAUUUAUUUUUAUUAAUUUCAAUUAAUGUUUUGUUGUGCGUAUUAAUAUUUUUGGAAUAAAAAAAAAAAGAACAAGAUUUAAAGUUGCACAUUCAUUAGAUAGAAUAGAAACGCACAACGUAUUUUACGCGUGCACCACUGCAAAAUGACUCAUUAUAUUGUCGUCAGUUGAAAAAAAAGACAAGCAAUCAAGAAAAAAAGGAACCAAAGGGGAACUUCAAAUAAAACAAAAAAGCAACUAACAAAAAAAUACGUUGAGUGAUUUAAUAGAGAUGGUCUUUUAUUUUUUAUAAAUAUUUUAACUUAAAAGCAAAGCGAUUGAAAUGGAAAAAAUUCUUCAAAUGACAUCAAGAAACAAACAAAAAAACAAAAUAAAACCAAAUAAAUAAAUCAGUCCAAAAUGUUGUGACAAAUGGAAAAAUAUGAUAAAUGACAUUUUGAAUCAGAAAUGAAAACUGGUUAAAUUUUAUGUCAAAAACAAGAAACACCAAAAGAACAAAAGUGAUCAAAGCUAAUUUUUUUUUUAAUUUUUUGUUUUGUGAAAGUUUUUAUUUUCUUUCUUUUGUGUAAAAAAAUAUUUUAUUUUCUGUUGUUAAAAACUGAAAGAAAAAUUAUUUAUUUGGCAAACAAAGUGAUUUACAAAAAUUCAGAAACAUAACCAAAAUGGCUGGAAUAUUUCGAAGCCAUUCGGUUAGCGCAACACCAGUUAAACGAACAUCGUUAAGUCCUUUUUGCACUAGUCCUGGACAACUUCAAGAUGUUACAAUGGAUAAUUCUUAUGCCAUUGGAUACCGAUCACCAUGCGUUAGCUUACAACAGUAUAAUGGCACAACAUCGCCGGCACAAGGUCGUUCCGUGCGUGAAUUCGAAGAACAAAUGGCCUCAUUACGUAAAGAGAAUUUCAAUCUCAAGCUGCGUAUAUAUUUUAUCGAAGAAAGCAUUCCUGGUUAUAAUCAAUCCAAUAACACCGAGGGUCAAGAGACUCUCAUGAAACAAUUAAUCGAUACUAAGGUGGAAAUGGAAAUUCUCCGAAAAGAAAUCCACGAGAAACAAGAUCUUCUCAAGGAAGCCGCUCAAGCUUUAAAUCAAAUGGAAUUAAUACAAAAAGAUACCGAGGUUAAGAGCCAAGCCAUCAUUGAUGACCUAAAUCAUAAAAUUCAAUAUUUAGAGAUGGAAAACAAAGAAAUGGAAAAAUCUCAAUCCGGUAAAUUGAUGGACGAGCUUCUAGGACGAUCUGACGUUUCCUCAAAUAUAAAUGCUGUUCAGAGAAUUCGUGAACUUGAAGGUACCGUCAAGCAGUCAGAAGAAAAAAUCAACGAUUUUCAAAAUCAAAUUCAUAAACUCGAUGAAAUUCUAACACAACGCGAUCAAACAAUACGAGAAUGUGAGGACAAAGUUAAAGAGCUUGUAUUCCAGAAUUCAGAACUGCUGGAGCAGCUCGAGAAUAAGGAUAAAGAAAUUGCCACCGCUGAGAGGUCUUUGCGAGGCAUACGCCAGAACAACAAAGAUCUAAGUGACGAAAAUCAAACCAUCACCGAUAGUCUUGAGGCAGUCAAGACGAAAUAUUUACGUGACAUGGCAAGUUUGAAAAUUUACGAAAAAACUAUCAAAUGUCAACAGGAAACGAUUGUGGGUAUGCAUUCCCAACGACUACGCGAAGAACUUCAAGAUCAUAAACGACAAUUGGCCGACAGGAUUUGUAUGCUAGAAGAAAAUGAAGAAAAACUUAAAACCCAAACAACACAAAAUGAACAAAAAGCCAAAGCUAUCCAGAAACUCGUGUCGCGAAUUGAAAGCCAACAAUAUGAAAUCGAUCGACUAAAGAAGAAUAACACCAGUUCAUCGUCUCAUAUGAAAGAGCUUACCAAUAUCACCGAAUGCUCUGGAUUGUGUCGCUCACUCAGCGAUACCGAAACCAUUGCCGAAUCGUCCAGCUUGCGAGCUCAAAUGGAGAAAAUCAUUGAGCAAAAAGAUAGCGAAAUUCGCAAAUUAAAUGCAGAAGUCAAAAAGAAGACUGCUAAUCUACAGAACCUAGUUAACAAGGAACUGUGGGAAAAGAAUCGUGAAAUCGAGCGUCUUACAAAAUUGGUCAACAAAUCCAAUUCUCUGCCAACAAGUCCGCAAAAAGAGUCUGAACAAUUGAUGCAAUCAUUUACCGAUGUUGAGUAUGCGCAAGCACUCGAAAAUAACAAAUUGCUACAAAAGAAGGUCGAUAUUCUGAUUCAGAGGCUAGCAACUACCGGCAAUCAUAAUUCAGAUGCUAUGAUAAAACAAUUGAAAAAUGAAGUCAAAGAAGCCAAAGACGAAGCUGAGCGAUCGGAAAGAUGGCGUAAGGAAUGCGCUGACGUUUGUAGCAUUCUAACUGCUCGUUUGGAGGAGUUAGCUGGUUUCCUUGAUUCCCUGCUCAAGCACAAAGAUGUUUUGGGUGCUUUGGCUGCUGAUAGACGUCGUGCAAUGCGCAAAGCUGUUGAUCGUAGCUUAGAUUUAUCAAAGAGUCUGAAUAAUAUGUCUCUUUCCAUCACCGGCAUGUCAAUGAUGGAUCAGAGUCUCGCACAAAUCAGCAACCUCUCUGAAAUUCUAGACUUUAGUGUUGUGAAUAAAGAAAAUAAGACAUUUAAUUCCCAUGAAGAACUUCAUGGUCAAACCAUUGAAACACUUCAAGCUGAGCUUAAGGCUCUCAAGAAGGAACUAGACAGAACUAAGUACAAUGAAAGCAAAAGGGAUCGUCGUAGUCUACCGACCGCUUUCGAAAAUCAAUCAGAAUCUGAAGCAUGGUCAGAACCUGAUAGAAAAGUAUCUCUGGCACGCAUUGGUCUCGAAGAACCAAGAGCUUCAAAUGCCUGUAAAGAAGAACGUAGUACAGAUAGUGAAAGUGAACUCAAUCAGAGUCGGUCCAAGUCAAAGACUCAAGAGAAAAUUUCUCAAUUGGAGACAAUGAUCUCUCAAAAAGAUGAAAAGAUUCUUGAAAUUCAAUGCGAGCUAGUUGAUGCCGAUAAUCGUUUGAAAAAAGAAAACCUACGAGUUAUUGACAUGACCAAAGAACUGAAAGAUCUGCGAAGUCGCAAUGAAGAUUUACAUAGUGAGCUGACAGUUUACAGGAACAACCAGGGGUCUGGAUUCGAUGUAAACUCCCUCACACGACAGCUAGAAGAUAAAAGUCGAUCGUUGACAAAGAUUCAAGACGAACGUGACAGAAUCACUGUCGAUCUCAAAAUAAGUGAACUACAAGUAGAAAAUAUGAAAGUCGAGCUGGAAGAACUUAAAAUGAAGCACGAAAUGGCAAUUUCCCAAGCUUCAGAUCAAGAAAAACAGAAACUUAAUGAAUUAAAAGAAAAUUUAACAUCUUUAAUGGAACAAAAACUUAAAGAACAACAAGAGAACCAUGAAGACACGCUGGCACGUGAUUGGAUAGCCAAGUGUAUGUACGAUGAACAUGUUCGGCAAUUCCAACAGCUUCAAAAGAAACUUGUGGAAGCAGAGAGUACAAUCGAAUAUCUCACUGAAAAUGAGGCUGAAAUGAAACAAACCCUGAUUGAUAAUGAACUUUCUAUGAGAGCCAUUAAGAAGAAUCUCGAUGAAACCACCCUGCAAGCAUCCAGAGCGGUAUUGGAACGUACCAAGGCACUCAAUGAAAAGCUGCAGCUGGAAAAUCGUACUCAAGAGCUGACCGAUCAAAUUCAAGCGCUAGAGGCUGAAAAGAAUGAAUUAGUGACAAAAAUAAAUAGUCUGGAGCAACAUGUGUCUUUGAAGAGGAAAUCUUCAAAUCACGGAAGUGAUAUUUCUCAAUCUGGUUACACCUCGGAGGAAGUCCUUGUCGGCACAGGCCGAUCUGCUGCUGGUGGACAGCGUGUUCAUAAUUCAUCACCAGAUCUUGGUAUAGAAUCUGACGCCGGACGAGUGUCUAGUGUUGAACUAACCCAUGCACAUUUAUCAAAACUUAAGACAGUGGAGUUGAAGUCUAAACAGAUGAUUCAAGAAGAUGAAGAAACAAAUGUUGUUACAACUCCCUCAACAACACACGAUUGUGCCAAGGUAGACCAAGAAAAUGCUGAAUUACGUUCGAAAUUAAUUCGCACAAAACGCGCCUUACAAGACACCGUCAAUAAAUUACGCUCAUCUAACCAAAGAAAAGAACAAGUUGAAAAAGAAAUUAAAUCACAAAUUCUCAAAACUCACAAUGUUUUAAAAAAUGUUCGUUCCAACAUGGAAAAUGAACUGUAGUGUGU